AUGGUAUGCGCCAGAUGCUCAGAUCUGUUGAGCAUCUGUGCAGCAGCGCCACCUGCUGAUUAUGAAGACGUGCCUUCUGCGGCGCAGACUUCCACGCCUAUGUAUGCGGUGGUGGUGACUCCGACGGAGGUUCUCCGGCACGGAAGUCGAAUCGAAACGACGUUUGCCCUAUCGCAGCUCGCGGAAGUGCUGGACAUUCUGUUCGACCUGGCGGUGAACUGGCGAGUGGCGCUGUGGUUCGACGUCCGCUUCUCGCACCUCGGCGCGGUGGGCAGACUGGUGAUGACCCUGGAGGAGCCCGGGCCUGUUCCCCUGUACCGCAUGGAGCAGCUUUCUGACCUGGACGAACGAGCGUAUGGGGACGCCAUGCGCGCGCUGGCUCUUUUCCUCACCAAAGGCAAUAUCAAGCUAGAGGAAGAACCCAUCCGGGAACUUUAUUUGGACGAGUCGGCAAUACGGCACAUAGUGUUGUCCAGCGAUGAAGAGCCCGACGCAUGGGUGCUCCCCAAUGAGACGGACCAUACGUUCAACGUCUCGGCCGACGAGUGGGACGCCCUCGUGAACAAGUACCUGGGUGCCAGUGGCUUCUCGACGUCCCACGACGUCGACGUGCUGGCGAUCCACCAGGAAAAUUUUGAUGCGUUGGCGCGGCAUUUGAGCGAACUUCCCACGGACAGACUCCUUGCUGCGGCGGGAUGGACGCUGGCCUACUCCUACGCGUGGGCCGCUAAUCCAUCUCUGGACGCCUUUACGCCUACUAAAACUAGGACGGCGAGUCCCAAUUAUAGAGUCCAAGUCGCAUUGUGCUUCUUGGCUGUGCACGAGUCUCACGGCAUUGCCAUGGUUGCGCCCAUGUUCAUGGACGUGUUUUCCGCCGAACAGCAAGCCCGGGUGGUGGCCGUUGUCAACAGGACCGCCGAAGCCCUGACCAGUGCCGUGCGCAUCUCCACUGUCAUCGCCAGCGAAACAAAGAAGAAAGUAGCCGUCAAAAUAGCGGCGCACGUCUACCGUAACUUCUGGCCGCCGGAGCCGUUCGCGCACUCCGAGGUGCUUGACUUGCUGUACGACAAGUUUCCAAUCGCGAGCGGCUCAUUCUUUGUGGCGUGGUUACAGUCUCGGAAAGCUCUGAGGGCGUCUAUAACAAACCCUUACUACGCAAGCCUCAUGCUGGCCAGGUACCGGUGGCGCUCGUCGCGGGUGCUCUACCUGUAUGCGCUGAAUCUGAUGCUGGUCGGCCUGGCCACCGUGUUCCCACCCUCGUAUUUGCUCCACGGAUCGCACGCCAUGACGUACGCGGGCUUGGGCUUCCAGCUCGCGCGGCAGAUGGUGCGUGCCGUGGACAACCGCGGACGAUUCCUUGCCUUCGACGGUCGACCUGAGGCUUCCCCGAAGGACAACCAGACAAGUCAGAAGUGCCGAUUGGCCAUGGCAGAAACCUCGACUAAGCGGCGAGUGGUUCGUGAUUUGUUCGCCCUGGACCUUUCCUUGGCAGCAAUGAAAGACGCGGUUGCCGCCGAUUCGACGCCGCUCCAGCUGAAGUCGCUAGAGCACCUGGGCCCCGAGGAGACGUUCUACGUCAGCUAUUGCGACCACUUCUGCGACGAGCAGCCGCAAGAGCGAGCGCAGUCGAUGUGCAACCUGGCUGUGAACGGGUCGGGCUUUAGUCAGGCCUUUGGCUGUGACGCACGCACAGACGGAACUCACGAGUGCCUUUUUUUCUGAGUUUCGUCACGUUUGCUUUACACGGGUAUGCAGUGGAUGUACCCCCUCAUCAGAGAAAGAAGGGCUGCUGACUGAUAGCUCCUUUUUGAGGGAGCAAAUGUUUGUCCCAUAGAUGUCCUGUAGACAAAUGUUUGUCCUUAGCUUUCUUGUAUACGCAAAGGGGGCACGAGAAAUCGAAGAUAUCGAAUUCAGAAAGGGGCAUUGCUCCCUCGCAAGGAGGUAUCAAGGCCCCUGUUUGUUUGUUGCGUAUGUUGUUACGUUAUCUUUCCUGAAGAUUUCGAGCUGCGAUCUGAUAUCGGCAACCUUCUGUGAAUACAGGAUAAUCCGUCGCAAGAUAUCGCUGAUUGACGUAGAACAUCGCCCUACAGCGCGGACUUUGAUAGCACCAGUAAAUUCAUCGAUCACUUCACCACAAACAACUGUUUAAACUCACCUUAACUAUGUGUUAAGCACAUACAUUGCAUACGCAUUCAACAAUACGCUAGUGGAGUGGGCGACAAGGACAUUGAGAUUUCAUUUUUUUGAUCUUUUACUUAUACACGCAAAUCAUUGUUAAGGAGAUAAGUGAGCUGCUUAGGUUGCUGAACAAGCUGCUUAGGAUAAACAAUACUAAUGUGUACGUACACUCGUAGGUCAAAACGCAGUGUCCAUUGUAGCAUGAUACUCAUUUCCAUAAAAUUAGAAGCCAUCGAGUACAAAUAAGGACUGUUCUCGUCAUUCCCGCAGUGGUAUUUUUUGCGAUUGAUUUGAAAAGGCUCCUAAUUACCAUCUCGUCGCUAUAUUUUGUCGCAACUGAAGCGCUUGCUGUAGCUGCAUUGGGCUUGUUUAGUGCUUAAGGCCAACAGUGUAAAAGUAUAUUACUCAUAUAGCUAUCAGGACUGAUAGCUGGGCGAGUUGUCCGCCCUUCAUCCGUCGUCUCCGAAUCUACCCGUGUGCUUAUGUCAAUUUCGGCCUGUGGGCAAGAUGACAGAUAUUUUCUGGGGAAGUUCGAAAGCCAGCGAUUUGGACCAUACUACAGGCCAAUCUCUGCUGGUAGCUUUACCCAGUUCCGUAGCCUGAAAAAAUCGCUAUCACAAUUUAUAUGUUAUUCAAGUAAUCUUGAAAGCUCGCAGACGGCGAGUUUUGGAAAUCACAAAUUGCUACUCUACGAAGCCGAUCUUUCGAACCAGCAAAAAACGUGCAGACUAUAAACAUUGUCUUGUGCGAAUUCUGUUCUCUUAACUUUGCUUGUUGCUGGCCAAUAUACAACUUUAAUACUCACUGCCCAUUACAAGCACGCUAAUAAAUAGCAGUAAUUCCUUGUGUGCGGGCAUUCUUUCAGUCUGAUGGUGUACUGAAAAUGUACUUAUUGAUAACCAAAGGAACAUAAAAAAUGACAGUUUCUCCUGCAAGACGCAGCAUUGAUCGCGAUAGCAAAUUUUUAGUUACACUCACUAAUGUUCGCAGUAUUAUCAGCUGUAUAAACAGCUUUAAUCAUUCGCUUACUAACAGAAUUUUACUGCACGUUGUCGCGCCCGCAGAGGCAAACAUGAUUACAUAUUACUCGGUUACCGUGGGCACGUGCU